AUGGAGCUGAAAACUUUACCAGAACACUUAGAAUACACAUUUCUCGAAGAGGAAGGAGCAACGCCAGUGGUGCAACAUCAAAGGCGAUUGAAUCCAAGUAUUGAAGAGGUGGUUAAGAAGGAGGUGGUAAAGCUCUUGGAUGUGGGGAUCAUUUAUUCAAUUUCUGAUGGUCCAUGGGUGAGUCUCGUUCAAGUAGUACGAAACAAAGGGGGGAUGGCAGUCGUGGAGAACGAAAAGAACGAGCUUAUUCCUACACGAACGGUAACCGGUUAUUUCCAAAUACCAAUCGACCUGAAUGAUCAAGAGAAAACCACUUUCACCUGCCCUAGUGGAACAUUUGCAUACCGACGCAUGCCUUUUGGGUUAUGCAAUGCGCCUGCUACUUUUCAGCGAUGCAUGACGGCAAUAUUUCACGAUAUGGUGGAGAAGUUUAUGGAAGUAUUCAUGGAUGAUUUUUUUGUGUUUGGUUCUUCUUUUGAUAAUUGUCUUACUAACCUUGACUUAAUGCUUGCUAGGUGUGAAAAGACCAAUUUAGUUUUGAAUUGGGAAAAAUGCCACUUCAUGGUUAAAGAAGGCAUUGUGUUAGGUCAUAAAGUGUCCAAGGCGAGGAUUGAGGUGGAUCGAGCGAAAAUUGACACCAUUGCUAAAUUACCACCACCAACCAAUGUGAAGGGCGUUAGGAGUUUCUUAGGUCAUGACGCGAAACCAAGGUUGAUCCGGUGGGUGUUAUUGCUUCAAGAAUUUGACAUCGAGAUCAAGGACAAGAAAGGAAUGGAGAAUGUAGCGGCCGACCAUCUUUCAAGAUUGGAGAAUCCAGAAAGGGAUGAGUAUGACAACAAGGAUAUUGGGGAUAGUUUUCUAGAAGAAUAUUUGAUGGUGAUCAUGGGAGAAGAACCAUGGAUUUGUGCAGAUGGAAUCAUCAGAAGAUGUGUGUUUGGCAAGGAGAUUCACGACAUUCUAGAGCAUUGCCACAAUGGGCCUGUAGGAGGAUAUCAUGGAGUUCAAUACACUGCUAAGAAGGUGUUUGAUGCAGGAUUCUAUUGGCCCACAAUUUUCAAGGAUGCUACUACCUAUGUGAGAGAGUGUGAUGUGUGCCAGAGAUCAGGAAAUAUUUCUGCAAGGAAUGAAAUGCCUCAAAGAAGAAUCCAAGUGUGUGAAGUUUUUGAUGUGUGGGGUAUAGAUUUCAUGGGGCUAUUUCCGUCAUCAAAAGGGCACAAAUACAUACUUGUGGCGCUGGACUGUGUAUCGAAGUGGGCCGAGGCGCAAGCGCUACUAACAAAUGACACAAGGGUGGUGGUGAAAUUUUUGAAGAAAUUAUUUUCUAGGUUUGGAGUGCCAAGGGCGUUGAUAAGCGAUAGGGGGACCCAUUUUGCCAAUGAGCAACUAGAAAAGGUAUUGCAAAGAUAUGGUGUACACCAUAGAUUUUCAACACCUUAUCAUCCGCAAACGAAUGGGCAAACCGAGAUAACGAAUAGAGCCCUCAAAAGAAUUUUGGAAAGGUCGGUAGGCAGUAAUAGGAAAGAUUGGACAGAUAAAUUAGAUGAUGCAUUGUGGGUAUUUAGGAUUGCAUUCAAGGCACCUAUUGGAACCACAACUUAUAGAUUGGUUUAUGGAAAAAAAACUAUCAUCUACCAGUGGAGUUGGAGCACAAAGCCUAUUGGGCUUUGA